GCGAGCGCGAUUGCAGACUAAUAGAGUAGCAUUGUAGUGGAAGCAACUCUCUACAUUUGGCACUCUCUACAUUUGGCGUAGUCGGCAGGAUACGAACGACCCACAGACAUGGCGGUAGCGAAGGCGGGCAGAGCCCCUAAAGAGUUUGUUCCUGAUUAUGGACACAACGUCGCCAGUGAGUUCGAACUGUGGCUAGAAGACGCUAAUGAUUAUAUGACUAUAUGCAAAGUGACAGACCCCGCAGAGAAGAGAAGCCUCUUUCUGAACUUGGCUGGACUGAGUAUCAGACGAGUCGUAAAAGGACUGGCUAUCCCGGAUGUGGUAGGAGAAGAGGGAGAUCCAUACAAAGCAAUGACUGACGCAGUCCUAGCGCACUUCCGUCCAUCCGUGAAUACAACGUCUGAGCGACACAAGUUCCGCCAAUUAAAACAACAAGGCCAAGAGACCGUGACAGCGUUCGUAGGACGCCUACGAGCCAAGGUAGAAGCAUGUGAGUUUGAAUCAACGCGGGUAGACACGAUAGUGAACGGACAGAUUCGAGACCAACUGAUUGUUGGGCUAAGAGAUAACGAUAUUCGAAGGGAACUACUGAAAGAGUCACAACUCACCUUGGCUCAAGCAGUGUCAAAAGCGGUGGCAUGUGAGUCAUCUAUAGCUGACAGCUCCCUGUAUGAGGAAGUUCCACCGCCAAGCCUAGCAAACAAAGUGAGUCAAUCAAAUCCAUUGAGUAAAGGAAAUGCUGGGAAGUGCAGAUACUGUGGUUGCCACCAUACUAGAGGGAAACAACAUUGCCCGGCCGCAGAGAGUCAGUGCUCCCACUGUCACAAGAUGGGGCACUUUGCUGCCGUGUGUUUCCGUAAGACCAAGAUGGCAGUGGCACGUGCAGUGGACCAAGAAGGACUCGGCCUAGAAGCGGAUGAACAGACAAAUCGGGUGACUGAGGAUUACGACACGGUGUACAAGACAGGGAGUGGGCAACAGUCGAAACACUUCACAAGGACACUAACAGUCAACGGAAAACGUUGCAGAGGCCUGCUGGACACGGGGGCAACGAGAACCCUCAUCACCGCAGACGUAGUGGCAGCAACACGACCAAGCCACACAGUUCUUACGGCCUAUGACGGCACGCCGGUCACAACACUCGGAGUAGCAGAUGUGACCAUAUCGUCCGGCAACAAGUCUUGCACAUGCACGUGCUUUGUGGUCCCAACAGAACAAACUGUACUCUUCGGCCAAGACGUUAUCAUACAGCUGCAGUUGUUGUCAGUUGCGGACGUGAAUGUAGUCAAAGUCAGACCGGUGGACAUCACCGUCGAUCCCAAGGCAACGCCGGUCGCUCUUCCUCCCAGGCGCCAUGCCUUCAGUCUACGAGAAGCUAUCGAAGCGGAGAUCAAGAGGCUGGAAGAACGCGGUGUGAUCGAGUCAGUUCAGGAAGCCACACCGUGGGUAUCGCCGCUAGUACCAACAAGGAAGGCGAACGGCACGCUAAGACUGUGCGUGGACUACAGACGUCUGAACAAAGCCAUCAUACGGGAGAGGCAUAUGUUGCCUACAUUAGAGGAGAUAACGGCAAAGCUGGAAGGAGCUAAAGUAUUCUCCGUUCUAGACGCUGAGUCUGGCUUCCAUCAGAUCCCGCUGGCCCUGGAUUCUCGCCCAUACACCACGUUCGCAUCCCAUUGUGGCCUCUACCGAUUUAAACGACUCCCAUUCGGGAUAAGCAGCGCCCCAGAGACCUUUCAACGCGUGGUCAGUGACAUCCUGCACGGCACAGAGGGAGUGAUGGUCUAUAUCGACGACAUUCUCGUUUUCGGCACAUCUCAGGAAGAGCACGACAGAAGGCUUGAAUUGGUACUGCGGCGCCUGAGCAACGCCAAUUUGAGGCUCAACUGGGAAAAAUGCCAGCUUCGACAGACUCAAGUCAAAUAUCUGGGCCAUUGGCUAACCGGACAAGGAAUAGGACCAGACGCAGACAAGUUGAGGGCCAUUCAGGAUAUGCCCUAUCCCACGUCAGUUACGGAUUUACGGCGUUUCCUUGGCCUAGCCACCUACCUAGGCAAAUUUAUUCCCCGCCUCUCACAAAUCACAGAUUGUUUACGUCGAAUUGCCAAGCAGGAGCCAUUCGUAGCCAACGCGGAGUUGAAGAACGCCUACGACACAGCAAAGAGGAGUAUUGCCACAGCCUUGCAAAAGCUCGCAUAUUUCCGACCCUCCAGCUUGGUUCCAACGGCUAUCAGUAGCGAUGCUUGA